AUGGAUGAUCAAAGACCAAUCAUUCUUUGGGCCCAUGCGAGAUCGCUUUCUACUGUCUUUGAACGGCCGUUCCUUCAGCUUCCUCUAAAAUACCAUGUCAUUCACGAACCUUUAGUACCAAUUGGGGUUGCAUACAUGGCGAAUAAUGUAGAUUUUUUAAAUAAUAUUCCAUUGCCUAAACCUAACGAUCCGAUUACCUUGGCACAUCAUUUAUCACCCACUCUCAAUGAAAUUCUUGCACCACAUUAUUAUCAAGGAGAUCAGACCCGGCCGCUAAGGGUAUUUGUGAAAGACCUUGCGACCAUCUUUUUACAUGCGUCCGAGGGAAAUUUGCUCAGAUCUAGGGAAAUUCUCCUAAAGUUUAAGCAUACGUUCCUAAUUCGUGACCCUGAAAAAUCCGUAAAAUCUUAUUACAAUGCCGCAAAUGCCACGUACCAAGCUUGGGAUAAGGCCGGCAUAUCAAGUUGCGAAAGAGUUGAACUCUUCUCUGCCAAUCUUAUUGGGCUCAAAGAGUUGAGAGCUUUUUACGAUUUGAUUAAGGGAGAAACCGGGGAGGAAAUUCCUUUGGUGGAUGCAGAUGAUCUAAUCCAAGAGCCGGAAAUAAUUUUGAGGAAGUAUUGCGAAAUGGUUGGGGUGGAAUUUGAGAGAGGAAUGCUCGAGUGGAAAGCGGAAAGAGUGGAAGCAUGGGAUGCAAAUAUUUCGAGUAUACCUGAUGUUCCGGGUUUAUAUGAUAUAUGGCACGGGAAUUCAUCGCAAAGCACUGGAUUCAAUAAAUCGGUUAAGAAAGAGCAAAGGGAAGUGGAUUAUCCACAAUAUGUUUACGACAUUAUCGAUGAGAAUAAAGUUCAUUACGAAUAUUUGCUUCAGCAUAAGAUUAAAAUUUCGUGA